UUCAUGGAGGCUCGCGGAUACAACGCUCUAUGUAACACUAGAACCGUGCCCAAUGUGUGCGGGAGCAAUACUUCAAGCAAGGGUGAACACUCUUGUGUGGGGUGCUCCUAAUAAGCUUCUCGGAGCAGAUGGCAGCUGGAUCAGGCUUUUCCCUGGAGGCGAAGAAAAUGGAUCAGAGAAUUCAGAAAAGCCACCGCCUCCAGUUCAUCCAUUCCAUCCUAAGAUGACAAUCCGGCGCGGAGUUCUCGAAUCAGAAUGUGCUCAGACAAUGCAGCAGUUUUUCCA